CAAUCCCGUCUUGUAUAACUACUGCACUUGAAUUCCAGAACGUGAUUGGUACCAUGUGAUACAUUCCACUGCAGGAAACAUGUUCCACCAUCCGGUCUAGUUGAGAUCAUUCCCACGCUCAUUAUGAAUGAAGAAAUCACCUGGAGAGAUAUAUUCUUCUCUGGCAACCCUCCCCGGUUCUUGAAAACAAAAUUCAAUCGCGAAACAGAUUUCCUUCCAUUUAAUCCAGUGGAUAAGGAUUGGAAAUUAAGCGACCUGGUUGACACAUCAAGGCCAAUAGAGAAUCACUGUAUCCAGGUGUUCUGGCUUCGGAGCAACCGACACAGAAGAUACAUAGGCAAAGUUUUUCCGGACUUCACCAGAGAACAAGUCAUAGAGCAGCUUCACCGCCUCGGAGUAAAAUUCGUUGAGAUCCCGAGAAGCAUAGAUGAUGCUGUGCACCAAUACGACAGAUUCCUUCGCGAAGCUAGGGCUUAUAGCCACAUUGACAAAUUUUGCCCGGGUCGAGAAAGGUUAUACUUUCCCAGAUUCUAUGGGGUGGUUACCAACAUGGAAAGAUCUCGAUUUUCGUCUGGAUACGCACAUCCUCGAGCUGUUGUACUGGAAGCCGUUAAACCUCACUUGGGCUCGCGACGUGUUCUUGGUGAAGUCGAUUCCAGCUUACCUGAAAGCUUCCUAAAGACUAUAAGGAACCUUCAGCUAAGUCAAUUCGAACACGAGUGGUAUAGCUCCCUGCUUCGGGAUCGACUUCGCCGCUUGAAUGCCUUACACAAGCUCGGAGUGACCCAUGGAGAUGUCAAGGACCAUCAUUUCCGACUUCCCGGUGAUAUUUACGACACAGUCUUAUAUGAUUUCUCUGAAUCAUAUACCUUCUCCGAUCAAAGACCAUUCAGGGUGAAUUCCGGCAAACCCUGACCGUUGGAACGUAUAGCAGCUGGUGAGCGUAGGCGUGUUGAGUGUCACGUUGGAGACCGAGCCGCGGUCCGAGACUUACGUUCACAUCUGAUCGAACUGAGUUCUGAGAAAAAUGUUGAUGAUGCACUUUGGCAGUCUCUCGAUGAAGACGAGAAAUCGCUGGAGUUGAUUAUAUUGAAAAUUCACAAUCGACCGGAC